AUCCAUAAAAUGGACAUUUACGCCCGAUUUUUUAAAGUCCGUGAAGGCAACACGGGAGCAUCCACCACGUGACGCUGUUUUUGGUUGCCAUGGAGACCGAGAAGGAAGCCAAUGAAGCUGUUGUUUCUGUGUCUGGACCUGAAAUAAACAACGUAAACUCGAGCUUGAACAUGGCCGACGCCUCCUAUCCCAGGUCCUACACCACUAACACUUCUCAGGAGAAUGAAUUGUUGGCCAUCGCCGACAACUUCCACCGUCAGUUUUCUCACCUGCAUCCUGAACGCAAGCGGCUGCUGCUCUGCCCCGUCAACGAGUGUGGAGUAAAGAAGUUUGUGUCGACGACGAUACGACCUGCUCCCACGGAUCAUCCUGAACUGUAUAGCUGGCAGGGCUGUGCCUCGUUUGUGUCUGACUUCCUGACCCUGGAGCCUCUAGAGCUGCCCUACGACCCCCCCGCUCGUCUCUUCUCGUCCACACUCGUUAUGCAAAAUCAGAGAGCCACGAGUUUUGAGUACGCCGUCCUGCUGUGCGGUCUGCUGCUCGGCGCCGACUACGACGCCUACUGCGUCAGCGGCUACGCCCACCGAGAGAUGUGUCUGUUGGACCAGAGGUUGCAGGACUGCCCCCUGCUGGGCACUCAGGCGGAGAAGGUGGCGUCAGAACAUCAGUCCCCGCAGGACAAAUACACGGUGAGACCUCCACGGCAGCUAAAGAGUCACUUUGAGGAGCAGCUGCAGGAGAAGAAGAAGGAACAGGAGGCAGAAGCUGCCUCGCUUCACGAACAGGAAGUGGAGGAGCAGGGUGAGCAGCGACCCUUUGACCCCCUGUGGGUUCAUUGCUGGGUCCUGGUUCUGUCCGGGUGUCGCGGUGUCCAAGAGAACUUCUUCAUCGACCCUCUGAGCGGCCUCAGCUACAGCACUGACACUGCCAGCUUCCUGGGCAUCGAGAGCCUGUGGAACACCUUCAACUGCUAUGUCAACAAACAGGACUGUGGGCGGGGCUGCGGG